GUGCUGUACAGCAAUUCAGGGCUUGAUUUUUCUAUAAUUGAAUUGGCAGACUGCCCAGCCUUGCCGGUUCAAUGCUACAUUAGCCUUGUCUGAGCCGGGAGAAUUUUCCGGAAAUCCUACAUACUCUAUAGCACUGCCACGGCCACAGCCCAGAUCCCCAAAAUAUAGUGACUAUUUUAAACUUUAGGGCGCCCUGGCAUGCUGCACAUGUCAGUUUCCCCCAGGAUGAACCCUGUCAGUUAAUUUAAUGGGCCGUUUAAUUUAUUCCUUUUCCAACACUAAUAGCGACUUGCCCUUUGAAUUUUCUUUGAGAGGAGGACAGGCGCAACUUCUAGUCCCUGUUGGGAUGUAACGCGGGAGUUUGCGCAGUUAGCCCUAAUUCAGGCGUUGGGCAGCCUUUCUAUAGCGUAAAGAUACCUAUCGUCCAAGGAUAACUGCGAGCGUGGCUUAUGCCGUGUCUUAUCCUGGACAGCUUCCAUAUAAUAGACCCUGUAUCCGUACUGAUUCUGUCUGUACAAGGACAGUGCAACCCCUUUUUCUCUGUUGAUUUCAAUCAUCACUUGGAACUCCUCUCACGGAUAAAAGAGAGAAGUCUCCUUCACCAUGAUAGCCGAACGUGAAAAGCUUGCUAUCGCGCAGCUUGUGAUUUAUAUCCCUAUCUUCAUCCUCGCCGCUUCAAUUGUCAUCAGGCUGGGUUUCCAUCGAACGCAGGGAUGGAUAUACCUGAAUAUCUUUUCAGCGGUCCGCAUUGUCGGCUCUGUGUUUGAAGUCCUGCGCCAGCAUAUACCGAUGAAUAUAUCGUACACCACCGCGGCACGGAUUCUCCAAUCGGUCGGUCUGCCUCCGCUUAUUUUAGCCAGUCUGGGGCUGUUGAGGCGAGUGAUUGAUCAGACUUCUGAUCGUGCACUGUUUAGCCUGGAUAGCGCCGAUGGAAUUGGAAUUGAGGGAAUAGAAAGACCAAAUUCAAACGGACUCUCUGGCAGAAGCCUAUUUCUCUGGCUCCUGCAGGUCCCCGUCGUAGUAGGUAUGGCCAUCUGCGUCAUUGGAGGCGUAUACGCAGCAUUCAGCAACCCGUCCGACCAGUCUAAAGGACUUCAAUUGUCCAAGACUGGCUUCAUCAUAUUUCUAGCCAUAUUUGGCAUCUUAGCAUUGCUCGUUCUAGGAAACAUGGGGGAGUUCGGCCGGGCCUCGCAGGAAGAUCGCCGCAUUUUGAUGGCGCUCAUCAUGGCACUGCCGCUGUUGGGGGUUCAUCUGGUGUGGAGUGCCUUGUGUGUCUUCGCUCCAAGUGCCAAUUUUAACAUGCUGUAUGGGAAUAUCUAUCUCCAAGCCUUUAUGGAGGUGCUGGAGGAGGCUUUGAUUUCCAUCAUUUACACUGGCGUGGGACUUAGGGUUCAGAAGGAAGGCUGAAAUCGGUGAAGUCCAUUGUACAUCAUCAUUCUUUUUUCUUCUUUGCUCUGGCUUUUCUGCAUGUCAUUCAAGGGUUUGCAGACUGCAAAUCUUCUGCAGCAGAAGGUGUCUGACGAUCCACAAUUGACCUUGGAAUGCCCUUAGAAUCAACGUCACGAUUGACGAAUCUCCCUUGUUGACUGAAUGUGAUCCAGCCUGAUCCGGGCCAAACGUGUGCAAGGACAGUACAGCCCCCUGGCAUGGCGAUGAUAAUCGAGACUUCCACGUAGACAAAUAAUAUUUGCGCUGAACCUGCCUGCGAAACUGACGCCUGUGAGUUGUCGCGUCGUACCGGGUGACACAUCCAGGCCGCAGCAGGCCACAGGCCACAGGCAGACAAGGAGGAAUAUCCC